AUGAAACUGCUUUUAGUAUUUACCAUUUCCUGCUUGGCGAUUUCCAACACGUGGGCGGCAACUCUGGACGCAGAAAGCAAUGUACGCCCUAUAAAACUUCCUUCUAAGGAAUCAUCGAAUACAUUGAAAGCAGAAGAGGCCGUACGAGUAGCAGCAGAAGAAGAUAGCGCGGCAAACGAAGAUAGUGGAUCAGAAGAAGAUAAUGGAGAUGAAGACGAUAGCUUAGGAGCAGAAGAUAGUGAAGAAGAAUACGACAGUAGUGAAUAUGAUGAGGACAAUUAUAAGGAUAACGGUGAUGACAACGAUAACAACGAUGAUUCUGAUCUUUAUGCGGAUUAUUUAAGUGACGAAGACGAGGAUGCUGCUAAUGAAGGAUAA